AUGGCUGACGACGAAGCAUAUACGGCGGACGAACCUACGCUGACCAUGGGGCCGAAAAUUGUCUGUAUAACUGAGCUCUGUAACCAACAACCGUUGCCGACGACAUCGACAUCGUCCGAAGACUUGCAGGUGGAGGCUGUUCAGAGGUCUUUAAAUUUACCACCACUAUCCCUGUUCCAGAAUGACAAACAGUCUGUUGGAAGCUUGCAGGAGUGCGAGUUCCACACCCAUAGCGAGUGCAAUUAUUCAUCGAAAGACAACGCAUGUAGGUACAUGGCACACGACGAAAGAUGA